AUGGCACAACCCAACGAAAUUACAGUCGACCGCAAACUAUCCGAUAUUUUCGAAGAAGCUUACAAUUUUAUGAACACGAUCGACUCCUGUUACGAUCCUACCAACAGUCCUGAAGUCCAGGCAAACAUCAAGAAAUGCAUCGGAUUGUUCGAAGAUUCAACUCGGCUCGUUAGUCUCUGUGGAUUGUUCAGUUCAAACGAAACACACGAGGAAAUUCCGACGGAACACUUGCGCUACUUGUUACUUCCAUUUUUCCUCGGGCAGCUUACUUUGAAGCUUUGCAAUGCUGAACGGAAAGAAAUUGUUCAAGUAGCCGAAGUGUACUAUAAUGAUUUCCUUCGUCGAUGUGAAAAUUACCAGCUCUGUGAAAAAACGGACACCGUUGCUGUUGCUACUCCGCACUCGACUGAUAAAAUGCAAGAGUUGUUAAGAAUGGGUCAGGAGAGAAACGCGAAAUUACAAAAAUAUAAGGAGAAGAAGGAUUUGGAUGACCAGAUAAAGAUGCUUAAGGUAGCCAUGGAAAAGGAACAUGUGGAGGAUGAGGUGAAGCGAGAUUUUUACAUGAAGCUGUUGAGUUCGUGCAUCAUGGAAGCACACGAGGAGCUGAUAAGUAUCAGCCAGGAGAAGCAAAUUCUCGAACAAAUAGCAAUCAUGAGGAGGAGUGGAGUCGACGAUCACCCCAUGCAUCCGCCGAAAGGUCCGCCACCGAAACCUCUCAAGCCGAUCAUCAUCACAAAGGACGCCAUUCAGAAGGCGGUUUACGGAAUGGGAUAUCCCAGUCUACCGACCAUGACAGUUGCCGAGUUCUACGAGCAGCGCGUUGCGGAGGGAAUCUUUCCGGAUGCGGAACGCAUGAAGGAGAUUAAUAAAAACUCGCUGAUGAAUCGUGUCUAUCAGGACAAUGCUGCCGAGCAAGACAAGGACGAUGAAGAAACGGAAAACAUGAUUGAACGGGAUGACGAGGAGUAUUUGGCUCGCCAGAGAGCAAAAGAUGAGUUCAAAGAUGAUCAUCGUCGUGGCUAUGGAAAUCGCCACAAUCGCAGCUAAACAGCAGGUUACCGUUCUGACUAAAACAAAUAUUUACCCAAUAAAAAUUGUCUGUA